GCAAGUAAGUAACGUGUCGAUCGUCGGUGUGUCAAAUGCAAGUCAAAUGAGUGUCUUCCCACGAUUGAUCCCAGCUUGCUGCUUGAUCCCUUUGUGACUAUCUGUUUCUUGAAUCGCACUCAUCAUCAAUCACUUUCGAUCUUCAAUCAUGUCAAUGUCGAAACCAUCCACUCCUCAACCAUCGAACACUCUUCUUCUCCGUAGGCAGCUCACAGAGCUAACCAAACACCCAGUUGAGGGGUUUUCUGCAGGACUUGUCGAUGACAAUAAUCUUUAUGAAUGGGAGGUCAUAAUAAUCGGGCCUCCGGACACCCUAUAUGAAGGAGGCUUUUUCAAAGCUCGUUUGACUUUCCCUUCCGAGUACCCUCUACAACCCCCAAAGAUGCGCUUCAUCACCCCCAUGUGGCACCCCAACAUUUACGCCGAUGGUGUGGUUUGUAUCUCCAUCUUGCAUGCUCCGGGCGACGAUCAAUACGGGUAUGAGGAUGCCGGUGAACGAUGGAUGCCUGUCCAUACAGUGGAAACGAUCCUUGUGAGCGUCAUAUCGCUAUUGUCGUCCGAGACCCCAAACACGGACAGCCCAGCCAAUGUCGAUGCCGCCAAAGAAAUUCGCACGGACCAUGCUGCAUACAAGAAGAAGGUACGACGCCUGGCACGCAAGAGUGCGGAGGAGGCCUUUGAUUAAUUCAUCCACCUGCAUCCUUCAUCUUACGGUUAUGCGUACUAUGGUCUCUGUUUUACUAGUUGCUGCAUCUUUUUUCUCGUCAAGUACGAAUGAGUCUACCAGAAUCUUUCAAUUCCAUUCUAAUUAGAACGACUCCAAUCAAACUCCAAUGACAUGUGGUCCGAUCACGUGACUGCAC